GUCAGAUAUAUUCAAUUCCCAAUCCACUUAGAUAACCAUUGGACACUAAUGGUUUAUGACACCAAUGAGGGAUUUUGGAUGCAUUACAACUCAUUGAAACCAAGACGUAGGAGAGAAGACAAACAUUACUGGGAAGCAUGGUUAUUGAAGGGAUACUUUGAGGAUUACAUAAGGCAUAGACUGAAGGUUGGCACAGUUGAAACACAAGAUUUGGUGAAGGAACUUUUAGUGGUUGAUUAUUGUCUGCAACAAAAAGCAGACUCGGCUGAUUGUGAAAUUAUAGCAUGCUUCAUUAUGAAGCAACUCGUGCGUCGCCAUGUUGUGGACAAGUCAAUGGGAGGGAAGAGUUGCAAGAUGAUGCAAGCCGGGAUGGUGAAGUCAUUUGUGAACAACCCAAUAAGGUCAUUUGUUGUUGACAAUUGACAAUCAGAACAAUCUUCCAAUGGUGCCAAAUGGGUGCAUCGUGUUUUUUUUUUUUUUGUGGUCUAAAUGCACGUUUAGUUAGUUUUUGAAUAGCACGGUACAUUUGACAUUAAACAAAUUUUGUUAUUAUCAUGAUUUUGGAUGUUUUAGGCAGCAUUGUCAAUACGGUUUCUGAUUCGUACAUUUUUUUGGGGAAUACGUUAGAAUGGUUCAGUCAUAAUUUUUUGUUUGCACUUGUUUGUUAUAAUAAGGCGGUAUGUAUCAGUCAAUAAUGGUAGUAGGAUUGUUAAUGUCAGUAGGAAUCUAGGUUGUCUAAAUUGUUGGUUUAGACAUUUACGUUACGUGUCGAUGGUGGAUUGUUCUGACCAAAUUUCCCUUCCCAUCUCUAAACCUAGAUUGUGAAUGUGAAUGUAUGGGACUGUUUGUUAU